GAGGGCGGCGGGGGAGGGGCUGGCGGUCCUCAGAGGAAGGUCGCAGCCCCAGAAGGUUGGCAUGCACCUCGUCGAGGAGACAGUCCUGGAAGGGGGUUGCCACAGGAGCCCCCAGCUUCACACAGAGCGCAGAAAUCCAAGUCUCUUUCAGAAGCAGAUGCAGGAGGACAUCCUCGUGGCCUUGGGGUUGGGCGAGGCCUCCAAGGAAGAGGCUGCAGCUGGGGCUCCUUAAUGUUAAGAACUUCUUUUCAUCCAAAGACACCACGAGGAGGGGGAGUGCGGGCUACGCAGACGGCCCAGAAGGGAGGAUCGCCCGGUGGGGUCCGCUGGUUCCUGCGUCAGCAGCUUGCAUGCUUGCGCCUCCCGGGCGCGGACUGUGCGUGGCGCUCACUCUGGCCCACCUCCCGCCGGCUGGUUUAACAUCUUCACCGUGGCUCCCAUAACUGAGGGCCCGAGGAUGUCAGAGGACCGUCAGCAGGAAAGGAAAGACCUGGAAAGACCCGGGAUGCCGGGGGGUGCAGGCAGGAGAGGCCACUUCUUGGAAUUUAGAGCAGAACUGGAAAAGAUGGGAAAUGGGAGAGAAGAAAGACCAGAAUGUCGUCUGGGGGCCUGGCCUUUGCCCAGUCGGAAGGGUUCAGGAGAAAGAAGACAGUGGAGAAAUGGCCAAGGAAGCGGCACGAGAAAGCAGCCCACCUCUCCAGUGAGGGCGGACUUAGUGAACAUUGAGAUGUUCCUGACAGCCAAAGAGGUGGAGGAGUCCCUGGAGAGGCGCGAAACGGCCACCUGCCUGGCCUGGUGCCACGACAACAAGUCCCGGCUGCGAAAGAUGAAGGGCCGCCAAAGCGAGCACGACGCGAAGACGGGACGGAAAAGUAGAGUGGCCAGUGGCUCCCCUAAAGAGAGUGAGGACCUUGGUAUGGAAAGCAUAAAAGGAAAGCCAGAAUUGAGCUGCCUGGAGUUCAGCCUCAGGAUCCAGGAGUUCAUUGAGCUCAUCCGGCAGAACAAGAGGCUGGAUGCCGUCAGACACGCGAGAAAGCACUUCAGUCAGGCCGAAGGGAGCCAGCUGGACGAGGUCCGCCAGGUCAUGGGCAUGCUGGCGUUCCCGCCGGACACGCACAUCUCCCCCUACAAGGACCUGCUGGACCCGGCCCGGUGGCGGAUGCUGAUCCAGCAGUUCCGGUACGACAACUACCGGCUGCACCAGCUGGGGAACAACUCCGUGUUCACCCUCACCCUGCAGGCCGGCCUCUCGGCCAUAAAGACACCGCAGUGCUACAAGGAGGACGGCAGCUCGCGGAGCCCCGACUGCCCAGUGUGCAGCCGCUCCCUGAACAAGUUGGCGCAGCCCCUGCCCAUGGCGCACUGCGCCAACUCGCGCCUGGUCUGCAAGAUCUCGGGGGACGUCAUGAACGAGAACAACCCGCCCAUGAUGCUGCCCAACGGCUACGUCUACGGCUACAACUCCCUGCUCUCUAUCCGGCAGGAUGAUAAAGUCGUCUGCCCGAGAACCAAAGAGGUCUUCCACUUCUCCCAGGCCGAGAAGGUGUACAUCAUGUAGGCGGGUCGCCGCGCCCGGGCGGCUGCGGGCCCCUGCCUGCCUGCCUUUCUGUUUCUUGCGACCAAAGAUCAGUGAGCAACGACAAACACUCUUGGGAAGAGAAGAAAUAAGAUUUAACAAGCUCGUACUUGAUUUUGUAACAAGUCAGCUCUUCGACGCUUCUGAAGCGCUUUCACCUUUCAGAGAAACUUCUUUAAAGACUGACCACGCGGAGGGAGGCUAGAACCUUUCACCAUAGGAACUGAUUCCUUCCCCGUGUUCUCACAGUUCCCUCCCUUUUGCUAACGAGGAACCCCGGGGGACGGGCUAGUCCUCGGCCGUGGCCCGGGAGCGUUGGUGGCCAUGCCAGACUGACCUGCGGCGACUCGGUGCCACGAGGGACCCUGUCACUUCUCUGUAGAGCUGCUGCCAAAACGCCAGCGCCGCGGGUGGGGCCGGCCUCCAGGACCGCCGCCUGCCUGCAACCGCGCCCACGGGGCUGUGUUAGGAUGUGUGUAGGCUCAGUGUCAUGUCACUCGUGCCGCCUUAUCUCCUGCCUGAGAAUGUAUCCGUGGAAAUCCACUGGACCGGGGUCUGCAGAGGCCUUGCCGACGGCUCCGUAACUUUAGCUCUAAACACUAUUCAUUACAGAAGCCAAUAGUUCAGUUGAAGUAACCACCGAUGACUUUUCAAAUCAAAUGAACCAUUGUAGUUUACACGAAACUGUAUCGUAGAGGUUUGUAUUCAACGCUUAUUUUUGCAUGUUGAUGUUGAUUAGCUAAUAAAAUGUAAAUGUAAGACACGCGAAUAAAA